AUGGCCAACCAGACAUGGAUGAGGGCGAACCGGAGGCGCGAAGUGGACGAGCGACUGUUGCUCAAUACGAUUCUGGGACCCUGUCGCCUCUCCCCUCCAUCGUCGUUUGUACAUAGCUUACACCAGACGACAGCUGACCAGCGCCGCAACACGGACAAGUCGCGGGCGGUUCUCUUCGACAUCUCAAACAACGGGCCGUCGCUCAUCUUUGAUGGUGGAGACAUGGCCGCUUUGUCCGACUCGGGGUUGUCCCAACGGCUGGCAAUCUGGGUCGACCGCGGAAGCCAGGCAUAG